UCCCAGCUCCAAAUGUGAGUGCACCUGAUGCGAUCCGCCAGCCAGCUCGUUGCUGCAUUCGCUUCUCUGCGCAAUGCGGCGUCGAAAGCGACAUCGAGCAAUGGUGUUGUAGCACUGAGCUCACAUGGUUGCAGCCUGUGGACGCGGCUGCUCUCGUCGCGCACGCCACGCCGCGGCGAGCCCGAUUCCAUCCCAUACAUCACCACAGACUUGUUCGGGCGCCCGGCGGUAGUCCAUCCGGCAUCGCGAGGAGGUUCUAGUGUGCAUGGUGGGUCAAAGGCGCCCGCACCUGACGCCGAAGUCGUUGACGGUGCAGAGGGCGGUCGCCGAGGGCGCCGGACGAAGCGGCUCGGGCUGCCCCCGGCCAAGAAGGAGGAGUCGCCAGCGCUGCACGGCGAGCCGCCUGCGGCCUCGGGGUCCACGAGGACACGUUCCGGGCGCUCUAGCAGCGCAGCUGAGGUGCCAUGGCUGGACGCGGGGGCUGAGGCGGUCGCAACCGGCGGGCCGGCACAGCACCAGACACACGACAGCGCACGCCGCGGCGCCGCCGCCGGCACAGGCCGCAGCACCGGGCGCAGCGACCGGGGGCAGUCUGCAUCAGGCACAGAGCCGAGCGACACAACAGCGGACCAGAUGGUUGCACAGCCCAGGAAGAAGGCACGCACCUGGGAGGAGCCGCAUGAGCACGGGCCGCCUAUCCCUGAUCACGCGGCCGGCCAUGACAGGCGGGCUAGGGACAGGGACAGGGGCCGCAGGGCGGCGGGCGGCGCGGCGGGGGCGCCUGACCCAGACCGCCGCCUCACGCUGGCCCUUAAGCAGGCAGAGUCGCUUCGCGCGCUGGACGCCCUUCUGUCCCCACCAGCACCGCCCAGACCUGGGCGGGCCUCGGGCUCGGCUGGGGCGCCUGCUGGUGCGGCCCGCGGCCGUGCAGGUGGCAAAGCGGGGGCUCCAGCGGCAGCGGCAGUAACAGUAACAGCAACAGCGGCAGUAACAGCGACAGCGACAGCGGCCCUAUCGGCGCCCAACUUUAUUCACUUUGCGGCGGCGGCGCGGCAGGCGGCGCUGCUGGGCUGCCAGUCCGCACCGCAGGCGGCACGCAGUCUACUGGACCGGCACUCCCAGCGCUUCGCCGAAGCAUACCUGCAGCAGCAACAGCAACAGCAGCAGCAGCAACAGCAGGAGCGACAGCUGCAGCAGGAUUGGGAGCGACAAGAGCUGAAGCAGAGCCGCAAGGAGGCGGGGGCGGGCGGGGCAGCUGGGGAAGCUGAGGCGGGCGCGGGUGGCGGCGUGGCUGCGGCUGGCGGGGCACACACACCGUCCUCGGAGACCGACGUCCUGCCGUUGCGGGAGCUGGGGGACGUGCUGUGGGCGUACGGCAGGCUGAGGGCGCCGCCGCCAGAGCAGCUGUGGGCUGGCGUGGUGCGCCCGCUGCUGCUGCAGCCGGAGGCACUGCGCCAGCUGCAAGACCCAGCCGCCGCCGCCACCACCACCAGCGCCGGGUAUGGUGCCGCCUCGCGAUCAGAGGAGGAGGGGGAGAGGGAGAGCUUGGAGACCUGGCACAACGACAGCAGCAACGGCGGUAGGGGCGGGAGGAAGGAGGGCCUCGGUGCCGGCGGCGCCAAGGCGUCCUCGGGAGGGGUAGGGGCGGGCGCGGACCUGACAAAGCUGACGGUUGCGAUGGCGCGCAUGGGCGUGCAGGACGCCGAGGUGUGGCGGCUGCUGGCGCGGGCCGCCGCCGCCAGCGCGCCGGCGCUGCCGCCACGCGCGCUUACGUCCGUGCUGUGGGCCUUCGGCUCCGCGCGCAUGAGUCACAGCGGCAUGUUGGCGGCAGCCACGGCGGCGCUGGCCGUGGGCGGCGGUGCCAGCAGCGGCGGCGGCCGCGGUAAUGGUAACGGUGGCAGAGGCAGCGGUGGAGAUGGAGGUGGUCUGGCCCGCUUUACUGGGCAGGACCUCACGUGUGCCAUGUGGGCGUUGGCGCGGCUGGCGCCGCCGGCGGCAGCAAUGAGCGGUGGACCGGGGGCGGGCGGGGCGGUGUCGGCCCGCGCGGCGGCGGUGGCGGGCGAGGCUCGGGCGCUGCUGUACGGGCCGCUGAGUGACGAGGUGCGGCGGCGGCUGUCGCUGGGCAGUUUGAAGCCGGCGGAGCUGGUGAUGGCACUUGCGGCAUUGGGUGAGAUGGCAGCCCACCAGCAGGCACGGCAGCAGCAGCAGCAGCAGCAGCAGGCAGUAAAGCAGCAACAGCCGGAAAAGCAGCUGAAGAAUAAGUUGCAGCAUGCCGGAAGGCAGGAAGGUGAAGCUGGAUGGAAGCCGGCGACCACGGCUGAGCGGGUGCCUGCCGUGAGCCCGCGACUGCUGCGGGUGGUGAGUCAGGGCGUGCGCAAGAGCCUGGCCUCUCUGCCGGCGGGCACGCUGGCGGAGGCGGCACACACGUUCGCGGCUCUGGGCGUGGCCGACACGGGUCUGUACCGCGCCUUGGCGGCCGGCAUGGCGGCUCGGCUGCGGCACAUGCAGCCGCGGCAGCUGGCGGCGGCGGCGGCGGCGCUGGACCGGGCGGGGCAGCUGGAUGCCGCCUUCCUGGCUCAGGUGCUGGGCGUUGCCGCGGGGCGGCUGGGCGAGCUCCGGACGCGCGACGUCUUGUUGCUGGUCGACCUGUGCACCCAGUAUCUGCCCGCGCCAGAGCCGCAGCCGCAGCUGCUGUCGGCGGCGGCGCCAAUGGGCGGUGCGCCGGCGCCGUCCGCGGCGGCCGCUGCGCAGGAGCCCGCGGGCGCCAGUGCCGCAGACGCCACGACAGCAGCUGCGCGCCUCAGCUCUCACGCCGCGCGGGCCUUUCUGGAGGCGGCCAUUCGCUGGUAUGCGGACCCUGACGCGCUCACCGGGCGUAACAGCAGCAGCAGUAGCAGCAGCAGCAGCAGUAGCAGCGGCGGCAGCAGCAGCAGCAGCAACACCAGCAAGAGCGAUGGAGUUGGCGCCGGCGCCGGUGUCGUGGACGCGGCUGGCUGGAUGGAGGCUGCGCCGGGCGACCAGCAGGGGGGCGGGGGCCUGCUGCCUCCGGGGCUGCCGGACUCAUGCGGCCGCGACAGCCGACCACCGCCAGAGCCCCUGCGGCUGCGGCAGUGGCAGCAGUUGCUGCGCGCGGCCUUCGCCGCCGGCUGGCCCGCCGGUGAUCCUGCUGCAGCAGCGGCGGAGCCUUCAGCUGCUUCAGCUGCUACAGCUGCAGGCAGUGUGGGAGGUGCGGGAGGUGCGGGCUGGGGCUGGGGUGGGGCGCCCACGGGGCCGCUGCCGGACCGUGUGCUAGGCGUCUUGCUGCGGGAGCUGCAGCGCCUGAGGCGGUCCUGGCUGGAGCGGCUGCGGCAGCGGGUGCAGGAGCAGCAGGGGCUGCAGGGGCUGCAGUAUGACGGAGGCGGAGGCGGAGGAGGCGGAGGCGGAGGAGGCGAGGAUGGGGAGGAGCAGCCGGUGGUGGAGGUUGCGGCAGGGCGGGAGUGGGGGAGAGGAGGUGGCGGCGCGGCUGGUAAUGUGCUAGGCAGUGGCGAUGAGGAGCGAUGGGAGGCCGGCACGGGGCGCGCGGUGGUGGUGGUCACCGACACAACGGCGGACGUAGUGGCGUGGCUGCUGCCGGCGGCGGUGGCCAUGGGCCGGACGGGGCGGGUGGACGCGGUCGGUGCGGUGGCGGCGGCGCUGAUGGAGGCCUCGCGCACUGUGGCGGAGGCGGCAGCGGAGGCAGCGCGGCAGCGGCAGUCGGAGGCGGCGGCGCCGCCGGGUGACGCAGACGGCGGCGGUGGCACGGGCUCGGCCGAAGGCGAGCGCGCUGCGCAGCACGGUGGGCGUGGCGUGGGCCUGGGUGCUGACGCGGGCGUGAGGCGUGGGCUGCAGGCGCGACUUGGGCUGCUGUCGGAGGCAGCAGUGCUGCGGCUGUCGCCUGUGGCGGCGGCGGAGCUGGAGGCGGCUCUGUGCCGGUUUGAGCCGGUGCUGGGGUCGAUGGCACACCGCACUGCGCGCGCGGCGGUGGCGGUGCUGCGGCAGCGGCUGCAGCUGGGUUUGCGGAGUGCUGGCGGGCAGGAGCAGUAGCGUGGUGUAGCGGUGCAAGGGAGCGAGUAGCAGUAGUGGGGGUAGUAGCUACUGCUGACUGAAGGGCAACGAGGUUGCAGUGCACGUGUCGUGUGGGUACGCGAUGACUACCGUAUGCGUGUAGCGGAUGGGCGGGUGUGGGGGUUGUAAAUACCAGCCCAA